AUGAGAACGCAGCUAAAUACCUUCUUCAAAGUCAUCAAUGAGACCGUCCAGCAACGAGGGUCGAGAACAGAUGUCACAACACUUUUAGAUCAAGCAUCGUCGGUUAUGAAGGCCUCCAACGCCCUAAACGACGACUACGAGAAACAGUUCCAGAGGCAGCUCAACUACGUCAAGAGUCUCGCCGACACAAAAGAGAUAGUGGAUGAGUAUCUCAGAGAAAGAAUGGAAGAAGCUCCAUCAGUCAUCAGUAACCAGAUCCAUCAGCAAGUCGUCACUCCAUCUCGAGCACCUUCAACUCACGUAAGCAGUGAACAUUCUCAUAAUGCCAGAUUCCCAGAUUACCAGCUGUCGGUGUUUGAAGAAGAAGGAAGUCAGUUUUCUGAAGUUCAAUGUGUAGAACCAGCCCCUGAUGACUGGAUAGAUGACUACAAGGCAGGCCGACGUUCAGCACUUGAAUGGUUCGCCUGGAUCCACCUGUUCAAAUCACUUUUGCACGAUUCGAACUGCUCAUCGGGAGAGAAGCUGGCCAUUUUAAGAAGAAAUCUUCAGGGGGACUGUCAAGAUUUCGUUUACGGAUUAGGAGGAGGAGAGCCCGCUUAUAAGGAAGUCUUACAUCACCUCAAACAAGAUUGUGGCAGACGAGACGUCAUGAGAGCUGCCCAUAUGCAAGCAGUAGAGAAAUUGGAAGCCGGAAGAGGAGCUCUACCCAAAAGGUAUGCUGAGAGAAUCAGAACGCAUCUGUUCGACUUAAGAAGAAUUGGUGGCAGCAACUCAAUGGAUAUCAUAGAGAAGAUUUGCAGCAAACUCUCCGUACAUGACCGACUCGCAUGGAACGAUUCGAAGCGAUCCAGAGAAGAAACUAGAACCUUGGAGCAGUUUGGUGAAUGGCUCUGUUUCAGAGCAACUGCCUACAGGACUCCAUACGACGUCGCUUCAGAUCAACAACAACAACUACAGCGAGAGUCCGGUAGGCAGAUGGCUCAAACGAACCAUGUCGCCACCAACCGACCUCCUUACAAGUGCUACAAAUGUCAGCAAGGUCAUCGCAUCGAUGUAUGUGAGUCCUUCAAAUCCCUCUCCAUUAAAGAAAGAAUUAAUUUCGUCAAACUGCACCACCUAUGUUACGGAUGCCUUGGUCCCUUCCAUUCAGCGAAAGUUUGUCGCAGUUCCAAGAUAAGUGGUGUUAACAACUGUAAACGUAGACAUCAUUCUCUCAUUCAUCAAGAAGAGCCGAUCAACCCGACUUCUGUGGAGACGUAUACGGGCAAUACUGCCUGCACCCAAAUUGCUUCAAAUCAUCGAGUCGUCUUUGGAGUUCUUCGAGUCAACGAUCGGGAUCAAUCGGGCAGAUUGAAAACAGCCAAUUUAUUUUAUGAUGAAGGCAGCGACACGUCACUGGUGAGAGAAGGGUUCUUACGCCGACUAGGAUUCAAAGGCAAACCAAUCCUAUUCGAGAUUUCCGGGGUCCGUGCGGAGAUAAGUCAUUGUAAGUCAGAACAAAUUCCUCUAUAUAUUGAACUUUCAUAUGGAGGAACUGCUUGUGUGAACGUCGCAUCCCUUCCCAUCGUCUGCGAUCUGAAACCAUUGACCAACUGGGCUGACAAGAAGCACAACUUGGCUCAUUUAGAAGAUCUACCCUUGGAAGAGAGUGGAGAUCGUAUUGACAUUCUACUGGGACUUGACCACAGGCAUCUAGUCAUUCCUUUGGACGUUCGCAGUGGAGCAGACAAUGAACCCUACGCGUUUAAAUCCAAAUUAGGAUGGAUUGUAAGAGGAGUACUGGGAGAAGCCGAUCCGAAGCAAUCCGCCCGGAUCAACGUGAUUUCAUCCCGUAACAUAUCUGAUUUAGAUACGGCCAUUCGUAAAUUUGCUGACACGGAAUCGUUUGGGACAGAAUACAAGAAGGAUCGGAUGACCCCAGAAGAUCUAGCAGCCAUCGACAUUUUCACCUGA